AUGCAUGAAACAAGGCACAAAAACAUCGGGGUGGGGGGGGGGGGGGGGGGUGCGUGGGGGGGGGGGGGCGGUUGGGGUGGGGGGGGCCGGGGCGGUGUGGGGGGUGGUGGAGGUGGGCGGGGGUGGGGUGGCGGGGGGGGUGGGUGGUGGGUGGGUGGGGGGGGCGGGGGGGGGGGGGCGGGGGGGGGGGUGGGGGGGCCGUGGAGGGGGCAGGGGCCGGGGGGGGGUGGGGGGGGGUGGGACAGGGGGGGGUGGGUCGCGGGGGCCGGGUGCCGUGGGUGGGGGGGGGAGGGGCCUUGGUGGGGGGGGGGGGGGGCGAGGGGUUGA